AUGAAAUUGAUAUUUUCAAUCCUUCACCGAAUCUCCACUUCUCCUUCUUCUUAUAUCUUCCGCUUCACUUCACAGCAGAAGAAGCCUACAAAAACCCUAAUCCCUCUCUCUCAUUUCUCCUUCUCUCGGAGUUUCUUUGGCUCGCUCCCGAAGCUAAUCAGCAGAGCAACCAUGGAUGCCAAAGAAGCCCCCGCCACCGAUCUGAAGAGACCGAGAGAAGAAGAUGAUAACGCCGCCGCCGCCGCCGUCGCAUCCAUGGAAACGGAGAACUCAGCUCCGGCCACUAACGGCGAGCAGACGAAGGAGCCUGCUUGUUUCUCCACCGUGAUUCCUGGGUGGUUCUCCGAGAUGAGUCCCAUGUGGCCAGGGGAGGCACACUCUUUGAAGGUUGAGAAAAUUCUGUUUCAAGGGAAAUCAGAUUACCAGGAUGUGAUUGUUUUUCAGUCUGCGACGUAUGGGAAGGUUUUGGUAUUGGAUGGAGUAAUCCAGCUUACGGAGAGAGACGAAUGUGCCUAUCAAGAAAUGAUCACUCAUCUUCCCUUGUGCUCUAUCCCCAACCCAAAGAAGGUAUUAGUCAUUGGAGGAGGAGAUGGAGGUGUCCUGCGUGAAGUUGCACGCCAUGCUUCUGUUGAGCAGAUUGACAUGUGUGAAAUCGAUAAAAUGGUGGUCGACGUGUCUAAGCAGUUCUUCCCUGAUGUAGCAAUUGGAUACGAGGAUCCUCGCGUGAACCUCGUCAUUGGCGAUGGUGUUGCUUUCUUGAAGAAUGCUGCAGAAGGAUCAUAUGAUGCAGUGAUUGUUGACUCAUCAGAUCCAAUUGGUCCUGCAAAGGAGCUAUUUGAGAAACCCUUCUUCCAAUCUGUGGCUAGAGCUCUUCGUCCUGGUGGAGUUGUGUGUACUCAGGCUGAAAGUUUGUGGCUUCACAUGGACAUCAUCGAAGACAUUGUUUCCAAUUGCCGUGAGAUCUUCAAGGGUUCUGUGAACUACGCUGGAGUUAUCGGAUUCAUGCUCUGUUCAACUGAAGGACCUGACGUUGACUUCAAACACCCAGUGAACCCGAUUGAUGAGAGCUCCAGCAAAUCAAAUGGACCCUUGAAGUUUUACAACGCUGAGAUUCAUUCAGCUGCGUUCUGCUUGCCUUCUUUCGCCAAGAAGGUUAUCGAGUCAAAAGCCAAUUGA